CGAGGUCGGCAUGCUUGUCUGCGCGGGCCGCCGUGUGCGCGACGCGCUGCACUCACUCCCUUCUCCGCCGCCACAUCGACCACAGAUGCACCUGGCGUGGGUGGCAGGUCGCGCUUUACCGACAUCGGCGUCGCGCUUUUGCCGAGUUCGGCAGGGUCACUGACGGAGCAGUUGCUUUGCGUGCGCCUAAAUGGGGCGCGAAGAAAAUCGGACUUGGGGUCCGCAGGCGGUGGGGCGGCCACCGGAGGCGCGGCAGGUGGCGGCACCGGACGACUUGCCGGCAACCUGCGUAGUGACGGAGCGGCGUGGUUCCAGGAAGGCCGGCGCUCGACACGGAUGCUGCUGCACGUCCCUGCUAUGUGCCUCCAUGACGGCGGAGCAUCUCUCUGA